AUUCAAAAUACUUUGUAGAAACAAAAUUCCUCAAAUCAUAAGAAGUCUCUUUUUUGAAUACAUGAGAAAAAUAGAUAUUCAUUGAUUGGUUCAGUUCGGUUUGAUUUCAAAGAAGAACCUGGAAAUAAUAAUAUUAGGGAUAAAUUACAAAGACCCCUCAUGUACUAUGGGGUCAGUGAUAAAGUCCUCUUCCGUUAAUAUUCUAUUAGUUCGAAAAAAAUUUCAUUCGACUGUUUAAAGUUUUUUAAAUGUCCAAACUACCCUUUUUUACUGUUCACUGUCUUCUCCAUUCAACCUCAAGUACUCUCACACCCUCCCAAACCCGACCAUCGCCAGCCAGUAGUGACAAGACCUGUGCCAUUCUAGGCCUCUCAUUUCACUCCCAAAGAACAUAACAGUCUUCGGCGGUUCCAUUUUGGCAAAGACCUAUGCGACCCAUCUGGUGUUCUCUUGAAGUGAACGGAGAGGCCCUGAUAUGGAUGGAUUGGUGGUGGGCCAUGACUGGGUCUGAGUGUCCUGAUGGUUGAAGCAAGUCCUAAUGGGUGGGACUGUUAACAUAGAUGGACCUAUUCAAGUAAUGAAAGGUCCUGGAAGGCUGGAACCAACAGUAAGUACUAACCUGAGAAUCUUGGAUUUACCCUUCCAUGCCUGGUUGGAAGAAGUUUUCUCUAAGAUCACAAAAUUCUGUGGAGGAGAAAUGGAACUAUUGGAUGUCUCCAACCUCCAUGCCGCAAAUGUAAAGUUGGUAAGGGUGAAACCAGAAAUGGUAACCCAGCUGGUAGAAGUAUUUUCCGAUAGGGUUUCCUACAAAGCUUGGAUCGCCUCAUGCCCUUAUCCAAGCUGGCAGACUUUGUGGAGGUACAAGCAAACCCAGGCCAAGCGCGGUUCAGUCCUGGUCACCACUGAACAGGGUAAGUUCUUCUCCAAUGGCUUUGAUCUCGCUUGGGCCGAGUCCGUCGGGUCCUGCAGCUUCCUCCACCGGCUUCAACACAUGGGCGACGGCUUAAAGGCCAUCAUGGUUGACCUGCCCUCCCUCCCUAUGCCCACUAUAGCAGCGGUAUUGGGGCACGCCGCUGCUGUUGGGUUCAUGCUCGCGCUUAGCCACGACUACGUCUUGAUGAGGAAGGACAAGGAGAUCCUCUACAUGAGCGAUCUCGACAUCGGGCUUUCCCUUCCCGACUACUUCAUGGCGUUGUUGAGAAAAAAGAUUCAUUCGCUGAUGGCUCGGUGCGACGUGGUUCUGCAUGCCGCGAAGGUGAAGGCCGAGGAAGCGGUCAAAAUGGGUUUUAAGAGAAAAAGGCUACCUCCCUUCCUUCCUAAAGCAGCAUAG